AUAAACAAGAAGUUGGGUUCGUUAUUUUCCGGGUAUUUUUGGAAAUGAGAGUAACUUGAAACAUAUGAUGGAUGGAUAGAUGGAAAUUCUAAAGCUAUUCAAGCAUAAAUCAGUUAAUCUAAUUCAACACUUGACAGCCCACAUAUGUGGACUAAUUCGGGAUACGAUGAGUCUCGGAUAUCUGUCUCAUUGUAGACUUGUACGACUUGUACCUUGCAACGGUACCUUGUACUACAGAUUAUACCAUACUGGUACGCUCAUGUACAUGUACACGAUGUACUUGUGAACUUGUGGCUUGUGGAAUGUACAAAAGUACAAAUGUGGUCAAAUUCAAAUGGUUAUAUACGGUGUACGCGAUACGCGUGAUGUAUCUUUUGUACAUUCUUCUAGAUUCUAGAAACUAAAAUGCUAGAACACUAUGGAUUUCGUGCUAUGAAUCAUGUUGAUGACUUGAUUGACUUUUGCACUUUUUGCAUGUCUGGACAAAACAUCAUGGAAAACAAACAUUCUUGUUUGUAGGUUGUAGUUGGUAACUACACUGUAGAUUUUCUGCCCAAAAGCCAUCAGUUUCCCAGCUACUCAUUUCAGAGAAUACCUAGCAACGUCAUGGCUGAAAAAACAAAAGACCUGUAUUCUUGGACUGCAUCAUACAAGGAAAUAAAAGCCAAACAUGACCAAGCAUUUGUAGCUAUUGAUCAAGCAAUUAGUCUGGAAGAGCACGAAAAACCUAUUGAGGCAAUUGAAAAAUAUAAGGAAGGAAUACAACUAAUAGAUGAAGCACUGAAUGUUCAAGUACAAUAUCCAGAGGACCCUGAUCCAACAUGGGAAAAAGCAUGCAGCAUGAUCCAGAAAAUCAAAAAGACUAGAGCUGAAGUACUGAUGAGAAUCAAUACUAUUCAAGGUUCUUCUGAUUAUGUUCCACCAGAAACACUAGAAGGACCUCCAUCUUAUGAUGAAGCAAUUGCAACUUCAUCAUCAUCUUCUAGUGAUGUACCAAGGACAUAUAAAGAUCUGGCAACUGCUCUAAAUGAAUUGUCCAUUGAUCCAAAUCAAACAAUGGAGGAAGAUGUUAUUUAUACUCAUGAUGGCGUCAGACUUUACUUCAUAUCACCUAAUGGAGAUGUCUUAUCUACCCAAGAGCCUCAACUAUUGAAAAUCUCAAUGGUGCAAGGAGAUGAACCAAAUGCACCUAAAGCUAUUCUCCAAGUGGGAAAUUUUGUUUAUCCUCUAGUGCCUGGUGUAUCACCAUGUUAUAGGACAAACUAUGGUGCAUUUAUUCUUCCAAAUGUCCAUGCUGAAAUUCCAGGCUCGUCUGUUGGCAUAAUAUUACCAUCAGAUGCUGACAGUGAAGUAUUUGAUUUGCUGGAAAGUAUUUUACAUGGCAUAAUAAGUCAUGUGACAGAAGAAGGCAUUCAGGAAUGGAGGAGACGUAGAGAAGAAGCUGAAGACUAUAGCAGCCAAAUUUCAGAUAGAAUUGUUAAUGGAGCUUGGCACCUAUCUCAAAACAUAAUAAGAGGAGCGCAAAAGGCUGGUGAAUUUUUUAACUCUACCACCCCUAAACUGAUCAGUAAGCUGCCGCCAGCACAUCAACCAGCUUCCGUGCCAAGACCUCUAUCUAAAACUAUGAAGGUAGCAGAAUGUGCUACUAGUACAGCAGCCAAAGUUACUGGUGUUGUUGCUGAGAAAGUUGGUAUUGCCACAACUCGCCUAGGUCAGUUUCUUGCCCCACACAUUCAGAAACAAGGUACCCGUUUACUUGCCACCACGACAAACUUAUCGGAACAAGAGGCUCACAAGAAAGUCAAGAGCGUGCUUACUGUUGCGGCAGGAGCAGUUGAGGCUUUUUCUACAGUAUACAGAGGAUUGGAAACAUCCGCGUCUAUACUUGGAAACAGCCUUAAGGAAAAUACUGUAAAAAUUGUAGAACACAAAUAUGGACAUCCAGCUAGCACAUUGACUGGAGAUACUUUCAAUACAGUUGGCAACGUUUACACAAUUCACCAGAACACCAAAGUUAUAACACCUAAGGGAUUGGUGAAAGGCGCUGCCAAAGGGACAGGUAAGGCUAUGGUAUAUGGUGCUAGUAUAUCUAGCAUACCAUCUACGAGUACUUCUCAUAAUCAGAUUGGAGAAUCAGUAAGAAAAACGAGUAAAGACAGUAUGAGUAAUAGUAGCAGUCGGAGCUCUCUGACAGAGGAAAAUAUUGUUAAGAAGGAUUCAUGAAACAUGAUGAAUGUGUUUCAUGAGGCAGAGGUUAUUAAUUAUUUGUUAUUUUAAACAUGUAUUAAAAUAAAUAUGUGAUUUUUAAUGAUAUUGGUUUUUGAUAUUGUUAUUCAUAUAAAUAUUGUUGAAUUUUUUUGUCUUAAUGGGGAUUGACGCUAGUUUCUACUACUUGCUGUGAUGUUUUUUGGUUUGACAUAAUUAGUUAUUUCUACUACAAAUAAAAUCAAACACUUUGCUGCAGGUGAUAACUAGUGUUUAUAGUCUCAAAAUAAUGUAGGGCUAAUAAAAUUACCUUUGCAGGUAAUCUCAAGGGUACAUACCUAAAUAUGUUUUAAGCAAGGGUUUGUACAUCUCCAUUAUAAAGACUAAAUAUUUUUGUUGAGUCUCAUAUAAAGGGUGGGCCCAUAAUAACGAAACAAGGCCAGUUGGAAUCAAGGUUCAUGGGUCAUUUGCUUUAAUAAAAGUUACAGAUCUUGAUAUCUUUUUUGAGUGGAAUAUUGUAUUACAUAUUUUGUUACAUUUUCGGGUAGAACCUUCCAAAGAAGACCGAUAUAACAUACUAUGACGUUUUGAGCAUUAGUUGUUUAGUUAUAAGCAACACAAUGUACAGAAAUGCUAAACUUUGACAGCCUGCCAGCCCAUAGUUUUGAAGCAUAGUGACUUUAUGUUCUAGGCUUAUUAAGUGCUAAUAAGUAGCUUCAAAACGAGGUAUCGCAUGAUCCCUGAUCCUAUUUAAGAUUUAAAGGUUAGAUUUCACACCGCCGAGGGGGUGAAAAUGAGAAGAUUGAUAAAACGCGCAAAAAAUUUCUCCCUCGAAAUAUUUUGUUUUUCAAAUGCCAUUUAAGAGGAAUUGGUCUUGUUUAGUUUUCACUGACAAAUCCUGUAUAUUAAGAUUUUCAUAUUAUCCAUUUUAUACCAUGUUAUAGCUUGCCAAUAAAUAUAUUUUAUAGGAA